AUGUCGGGGAAGGGGAAGGUUAGCCCGCGUCACCGGCCAUGGUCCGUGUACCGGGCUAACACCUUUGACCUCUCUGCUGAGAUGAUGGGGCUGACACUGGCAGGUAACAGUCAGGACCCAGAUGAACCGGUGUUGGAGUUCAGCCUGGCCUGCAGUGAACUGGUCACACCAGCGUUUGAGCGUAAGCCAAUCAGCUUUGUGGCGGUCAGCUGUACAACUCCUCCCCAGGCCUUCUGGACCAAACACGCUCAGACAGAGAUCAUAGAGGGUACCAGUAAUCCUAUCUAUCUGAGUAGUAUAGCAUUCUUCCAGGACUCUCUGAUCACUCAACAGACGCAGGUCAAGCUGUCUGUGUACGACGUCAAGGACCGCUCCCAAGGCACGAUGUACCUGCUGGGAUCAGCCAUGUUCCCAGUUAAGGAGCUUCUGCAGGACAAACACCACAGACUCCACCUAACCCUCAGGUCAGCGGAGAGCGAACGCAUGGGCAACAUCACCAUCAUCGCCUGGCAGAUAGAAGAGAGGACAGAGCAGAGAGCCACCGCGGCCCGGCAGGACACUAUCAAUGGCAGGAUGAUGCUUCAAGUGGAUGACAGCCUGACCGAGUCAGUGAACAUCAGGGCCAAGUCUGCGUCUCUGUGCAAAGACACACUGCUGAAGGCUGUGUUUGGGGGCACCAUGUCUCGUAUGUAUCGAUUCCCCACCACGGAUGGAAACCACCUGAGGAUCCUAGAGCAGAUGUCUGACAGCGUCCUCUCUCUACACAUCCCUCGACAGUUUGUCAAACUACUGCUGGAGGAGGAUGCUGCCAGGGUGUGUGAGCUGGAGGAGUUGGGGGAGUUAUCUCCAUGUUGGGAGAACCUGAGGAGGGAGAUCAUUUCUCAAUACCAGACCAUCAUCCUCACCUACCAGGAGACCAUCAGCGACCUGCACCAAUAUAAAGGUCCCUCCUUUAAAUCCAGCACUCUGAAAGCAGAGAAGAAGCUGGAGUUCAUCCCCACUAACCUGCACGUCCAGAGGAUGAGAGUACAAGGAGAGUCUGGCUAUGACAGGACAUAUGACGUAGUAACUAUAGGGGCCCCAGCAGCCCACUACCAAGGCUUUAAGCACUGUGGUCUCCGGAAACUCAUCCACAAGUUUGAGGAGGCUAGGAAACACGCAUAUGAGGAGGAAUGUGCUGGGUCUAGCUCUAAGCCGGUGGCUUACCUGCCUCGGGACGUGUUGAGAGCGAAGGAGCUGAUUGGUCAGGUCAACACCUUGAAGACUCAGGUUUGCUACUACACCGAACGUUUGUCCCGCGCUGCCAAGGAACGCUCAGCCAACGCUCUGGAGAGAACCCUCGCCAUCCUCUCUGAGAAGACUCGUCAGUUGGUGACAGUCUGUGACUCUAAGCUGCUGUCCUCAGCCAUCCUAGCCCUUACUGCCGCCCGGCCGGAAUGCAUCGCCCAGAAGGGCACUCCCUCCCCAUCGUCCCUCACCCCCUCUCCGUCCCGCUCCCCUUGUCGCUCCUCUACCUCACCCUAGAGGGGGAGAGGCAAGCGCUCCUCCCUCCAGGCUGACUGGCAUGAGGAGGACUGGGAGAAGGUGUGGUUAAAUGUAGAUAAGAGUCUGGACUGUGUGAUCCAGAGGGUGGAAAGACUGCUGGCCAAAGACAGGAUGCAGAGUGACAGCAGCAGUGAGGAUGUGUUCCUGGAUGCUCAGCAGCUGACCAACGCCACUACUAAGAGAAGUAAACCAGGUGAAUGGAGUGAGGCGUUGUACCCUCUCCUGACUACCCUGUCAGAGUGUGUGUCUCUGAUGAGUGACAAGGCUAAGAAGUCCAUGGUGUUCCUCCUAAUGCAGGACAGUGCUCCCACCAUCGCCAUGAACCUCACGCUACAGUACCGAAGAGAUGUGGUCUUCUGUCAGACGCUGUCAGCUCUGAUCUGUGGCUUCGUCAUCAAGCUGAGGAACUGUCUCUGUGACGACGGCUUCCUCAGGCAGCUCCACACCAUCGGCCUGCUGGUCCAGCAUGAGGGCCUGCUUAGCACCUAUGGGGAUGAGCUGGCCAUGUUGGAGGACAUGAGUGUUGGCGUGAUGGAUCUGCGGAACGUCACCUUUAAAGUCACCCAGGCAACCUCGGUCUUCGGCCCAGACAUGCUGCCUGUCAUCACCGGGAACCGGGACGGCUUCAACGUCAGGGUUCCGUUACCAGCGGCGAUGUUUGAUGCGUUGCCGCGGGAGAUCCAGAACGGCAUGCUGCUGCGGGUGCAGCCUGUUCUCUUCAAUGUGGGAAUCAAUGAACAGCAGACACUGGCAGAGAAGUUUGGAGACACGUCUCUCCAGGAGGGGAUUAACAUGGAGAAUAUGGCUCGUCUCAGCUCCUACUACGACCAGUACAAAGAGGUCCUGCCUGAGGACUGCCUCCCUCGUACCCGUAGUCAGACCAGCCUGCCUGAGCUGCUGAAGCUGCUCGGUCAGAACAUCAGUGCCAGGAAGAGCAAGAACGUAGAGAUCCUGUGGCAGGCAGCGGAGGUGUGUCGGCGUCUGAACGGCGUGCGUUUCACCAGCUGUAAGAGUGCUAAGGAUCGUACAGCCAUGUCUCUAACCCUGGAGCAGUGUCUGAUACUCCAGCAGGAGCACGCCAUGGCCCCACAGGUCUUCUUCCAGGCCCUCGACUGCAUGCGCAGUGAGGGCUGCAGACGAGAGAACACCAUGAAGAAUGUAGGAUGUCGUAAAUACGCCUUCAACUCCCUCCAGCUGAAGGCCUUUCCCAAACAGUACCGCCCCCCUGAGGGCACCUAUGGGAAAGUAGAUACCUGAUUGGACAGCUGCCCAUCUCUCGAAGUAGCCAAUAGAAGGGGACAGAGACUAGACAAUGUCAACGUCAACAACAACAUAAAAGCAAAAUAACUUAAUGAAAGCAACCGAUCGCUUUAUAUAGUGCUGACUCACUGUUGAUGUUAUCUGUGGUAGAUUGAUAGCACUUCCCUCUCCUUUGCGAUUAGAAUCUCUGCGUUAUGGAAUGAGAACCACUACACGCACACAACAACAACAACAACAACUUAAAAACAGCUUUUCAAAUGCAUUGUCACAGAUUGUAUUGAUGUAAAACCCCUUUAAUAAUAGAGCUGCAGUUGUUUUAGUUGUAUUUAGAGCUCUUAUUAUGUGG